CAACUACAGUUCACAGAUUUCAUUAAGACUUAGGUGAGUUAAUUGCUGUAUUGUUUUCUUCUUCUUUUAGGCUCUACUAUUAUUAUAAACUAACUUCCUUAAGUGACCUGUGUCGAACCAAGUGAUUGAGCGUGCAUUAUGAAAAAACAGUCGUAAAAUAGUAUUAACAAGGUUGUACUUUUACGAGCUGUCCAGCAUGGCUCUUGGGCAGCACACAGAACUUGCAACAAGUAUAACAGUUAGCAGCUUCAUCGCGUUUUUCAUUUUUUCUUCAGUAGUUUCCAGCGAUGACGCGCUUUAACGCUCUGCCCCAGAGAGUGUCCGGCGCUCAGAGCGUGUUCCCGCCCCUGCGGCGCGCCCACUCCCACUUCAAAGGCUUCCCUUCACUCUGAGCGCUGUGACGUCACUGAAACACGAGGCGCGCUCCAGCAGAAGAGGUGCGGGAGCGCAACAGGCGAGCGCACAUCUCGAGUUCACAAGCACAAUGACAACUUCCUGAUACAUCAACUAAAAGUUAAGCCGAACUCUUUGCACUUUUGUUUGAAGGCAGCGCUGGCUCUCUGCUGUUAUCUGCGUGUGGUGCUCUGACUGAUGACGAGAUGAUUUCAUCACAACUCACUGGAGAUUUGCUGAAGUGGACAUCUGGAUUUGGGAUCCUGUGGUACCUGUUGAUUCUGUGCGAUUGCUACAAUCUGGAUGUGGAGCAUCCUUUAGUUUUUAACGGACCAAACGGAUCAUUAUUCGGAUACUCUGUUCUGCUUCACCAGCAUAAUGAGAACACAUGGUUGUUAGUUGGAGCGCCUGUGGCCAAUUCCAGCUUUUAUCCUAAUAUCAAAAGUCCUGGAGCCAUCUACAACUGCAGUAUGUUGAACAGCCAGUGUGAGCAGCUCCCUGUUGGAGGUGUGCAGCGCUGUGGAAGACACUGUUUGGCAGAGAAUGAUAACCAGUGGCUGGGUGUGAGUUUGUCCCGGCAGGCCUCAAAAGGCCAUGUUUUGGCAUGUGGACAUCGAUGGAAGAAUGUUUUCUACUCCAGUAAAGACAAUCAGAACAAGCUGCCGCAUGGUGUUUGCUUCAGAUUCAGCCCAGAUUUGAAACACGCCAGUCAUAUUAUCCCCUGCUAUAAAGAUCAUCAAAGAAGGUUUGGUGAGGGUUAUGGGUCAUGCCAAGCAGGAAUAUCAAACUCAUUCACAGAGGAUUUAAUGGUUAUGGGAGCUCCUGGUACCUCAUACUGGACUGGAUCUGUUCUGGUCGUCAACACAACAAGCAACAUAUCAGCUGCUUAUGUGGAUGAUGACAGUGAUGUUCUCUAUGGCAGUUAUUUAGGUUACUCUGUUAGUGCUGGACACUUUCUAGAUCCUCAAAGCACUGAGAUAGUCGGUGGUGCUCCUCAGCAUGAACAGACUGGUAAAGCCUACAUAUUUAGGAUUGAGGGCAACACUUUGAAAAUUGUUAACAAAACCAAGGGCAAGACGCUUGGCUCUUAUUAUGGGGCGAGUGUUUGUGCUGUCGACCUGAACGCAGAUGGACUGUCUGAUCUGUUGGUUGGAGCGCCAAUGUUCAGCUCAGUGCGGGAAGAGGGACGCGUGUAUGUUUACAUCAACCAGGGAGAGGCUGAACUGAAGGAGGCUGACUUUGAGUUAGUCGGCAGUGACUCUUAUGCCGCACGAUUUGGAGAAACCAUCAUAAACCUCGGUGAUAUUGAUGAUGAUGGAUAUCCAGAUGUGGCCAUCGGAGCCCCUCAAGAGGACGAUCUGCGUGGUGCUAUAUAUAUCUACAAUGGCAGAAGGAGUGGCAUUGCACGGAGUUUCUCUCAAAGAAUAACAGGCUCAUUGUUGGGAAACAACUUCAGGAUGUUUGGUCAAUCAGUGUCUGGAGGAGUGGAUAUUGAUAGCAACAAUUACCCAGAUGUUGCAGUGGGAGCUUUCCUGUCAGACUCAGCUGUGGUGUUCAGGACUCGUCCAGUGGUGAAGGUGGAUGCUGUUAUGUUGUUGCCUGAGAGCUUGAAUCGUUCUGUAGCCCAGUGCACUGAAAACGGCCAGCCUGCUGUCUGCAUCAAAGUCAGGGUGUGCUUUAGGGUCAGAGGAAAACAAAUCCCCGGAAACAUAGAGCUGAAGUACAACCUUACAGCUGAUGUUCACCACAAAGAAGGCUUCCCUUCUCGAUUUUAUUUCAGUGGAAACGGAACAUCUAACGUAACAGCAGGCAGAGUAAAGGCCAAGCAUGAGCAGCUCACCUGCGUGUUUCACCAGGCCUUCAUGAAGAAAGAUGUUCGUGAUAUCUUCACACCCAUUCAUUUUGAGGUCAAAUAUGAACUUGGAGAGCAUCGUGUGGUGCAGAGAGACUUGGGUGAUUUGCCUGCCCUUAAACCCAUUUUACAGCAGAAGGAUGAACUGGACAAUGUCAUCAAAAACAAGACCAUCUUUGCUAGAUACUGCUCCUGGGAAAACUGCUCAACCAACCUACAGGUUUCUGCUCGUUUGGUUUUACCACAGUCCUACAAUAAAAUGCCAUAUUUUGCUCUAGGUAAUGGCAAAAGCAUCAUGUUAAACACCACACUGCUCAACACUGGAGAUGAUGCUUUUCUCCCCAAACUUCACUUAAGAUUCCCCAGCAAUCUGCAUUUCAUCAAAGUGCUGGAGGAGGACAAACUCGUCAGCUGUGAAAUUGUAGAAGAGAAUAAACUGGCAAUUGGACUGGACUGCAGUGUUGGGAAUUUAUACAUGCCUCCUUUCUCAAAGCUCAACAUCACCUUUUUACUCGAUGUGAUGCAGAACAGCAGUGCGGGAGACCUUACUGUUAACAUUAACGCUACGAGUGAGAACUUUGAGAACGCAGAUCUUCAGCAUGACAACGUGGCUGCUCUUACAUUGCCUUUGAGAUACGCAGUUGAUAUGAAUGUUCACGGAUUUGUCUCUCCGAAUUUAUUUAUCAUUGGAGAAGAGGAGUCUGUGCCGGUCGACUGCUAUCCCGAGAAGUUCAAUUAUACGUACAAGGUGAUGAAUAUUGGUCCUAGUAAAGCUCGUGAUGCGAGAGUGAAGAUCAGCUUGCCUCUGAUGCUGGUGCUGUACAAACACCAGUUAAUCAGGAUUACAGAUAUACAGUCAACUCUUGGCCAUUGCUUCCAGAGGAACAAUACUAUUCACAUCAUUGAUGACUGUGAUGUUCCGGAAGCGUCUGUCAUUCAGGAACUUGUGUUCUUUUUCUCCCCAAAAAGCAAACGCAUAAUGUUCUGUGGUCCUGAAGAUCAGACCUGUAGGACUGUGGAAUGCCGCUUCGGGGAUCUGGAGGCUGGAAAGGAGGUGACCAUCAACAUGGAGGUGGAGCUCAAUCCCAGGGUUCUCCAGAUGAGUCCGGGCAGACACGCUGUCAUGAUGAUUCAUGGAUCCAUUGACCUUAUUUCACCAGUGAGGGAUGCAAACACCUUCUUACUACAGGAUGACGUUUCUGCUAGAGUGAUGGUGGAGGCUUUGUACACCCAUAAUCCUGGGCCAGUUGUGCGCAUAUUUAUUAUAGUAUCUAGUCUGAUCGUUGGACUGAUCAUUUUUGGACUGCUUGUUCUUACUUUAUGGAAGCUUGGAUUCUUCAAACGGACAUUGAAGGAGAAGUUUCGACGGGACAGUUGGGACUAUGUGCCCAAGCAUGAAAGCGUAUCAUAAUAGAGGAUUUACACCACAUUCAAAAGCAGUCAUUAUGGAAAGGUCUGAAGCUCUUCUGACUCAUGACAACCUGCAGCCAUUGACUGUAACGGCUGGGAAACCUUCAUCACAGAGCCCUGAAGAGAAUCUGCUUUUUUUGGUCAGCAGGAUAAAGGCAAUGCACUUUAAAGUAUGGAUCAUACUACAUGUGCUCACUGAAUCACUCCGGGACGUCGAGCCCAAUGGAGAAAAAAAAAAAAGUUUUCAGAAUGUACUGUCGCUAUAGAAUAUUACGGCUCCGUUCCAAAACCUAGUGUGCUGCCUAAGUAGGGAGCAUUAUUAAAGCGUGAAGGCAUAAAUAUGCAAUCUUCUUGAGAGAUUAUAGGUAGGCUUUAUACCAUUAUUAAAAUGUUUAUUAAUGGCCAUUCAGUUUCACAAGUUUACAAUAAUAUUUUUAGCAACUUAAUCUUUAGAUUUAGUGGCUCAUUCAACCCCGGCUCAUUCUGAAAACAUACAGCUUUAUACAUUUCUGAAGAGUGCCAAAUAUGUCAUUUGUUACAUUUGUACAAAGUACAUUUCAUUUAGCAGUUUCUGGUGUUGUAAAUCCAAUAGAGGCCGCUGUGUACGCUUUUUAAGAUCUCAGAUAUCUUUCUCGAGUGUCAUUCGUGCCUGCUGUUCUCGGGUAAAUCCACCAGAGGCUGCUGUCGAAUGACUGACUGACCGAUCGACUG